CGUUCGGAUCAGGAAUCUGUGAUUUCAAGGCCGGGGCUUUUAUGGGUUCCGUUUCUUCUUCGACGGAGAUAAAGGGAGAGUAUUGGUUGAAUGCUCCGAUCUUGUUGCGACUGUGGAUUAAGCACAUCGCCGGGCUCCUCGAGGAAGCCGAGGGAAGCUGGAGAAGGUGUAGGAGAUUGUAUACACGUUAAGUAUUCUCUAACAAAUAAGCAAUUCUUAAUGAAUUUGAUGGAUAAGAGGGUUGAUCAGAAGAAACAGCAGCCUGAAGAUUGCCUUUUCCACAGGUUCUUUGUGAGACAUGCUGAACACGGUUCUUCUUCUGAUGCUGAAAAGAUUUACACAAAGUAUAUGAGAAGUUCUUCGGAUAUAUCUUCAGGGCGAGAGGAGAUGGCUUCUACUAGUGGGAUUUACAGUGAAGUUUUGGAGGAAGAAUUUGUGAGGGACAAUGGUUCAGUGUUGAGUUUGCAGCCAUGGAUUUUCAAAAGGGCAAAAUGCUCCAAGAGGGAGGAGGACUCUUGUGCUUCUGUUUGCCAGAGUUUUGAUUGGGGUUUCUCACAUGGUUCUCCGAGAAGAAUUGGCCCUAGCAGUAAUUGUGUUGGUUCAAAAAAAAGGCAAGAAGAAAGAUAUAACUUUAGGCCUAUAACUUCAGCUGAGAAUAUUUUUAUGCCUCAUCUUUGUAGCAAAAAAGUUUCUGUUGAAGAAUACACUUUUAACUUUCAUCCUUCUCCGCAUGUAAAGGAUGAGAGGCUAUCUUGUCUUAUACCAAUCAGCAGAGAAACAAUUGAAAUGAGAGUCGAUUCUUCAGUAGAGCAGACUGAAAAUAAACAGGACAAAGAAUCUGGCCCUAGCAUAUCCUCUCAGAAACAAGUGUCUUUUGAUCAAUUAGGCAAUUCAAUUAAUAAGGAUUUAACAACUGUGAUCGGUGUUCCUAAGCUACCACCCCAAAAAUUAAGAAAAGCAGAAAAAAAGUGUAAAGAAGCUAUGCGAGGAAGCGUAGAUACUUCUAGCUCCCAAAAAAUUUGCAAGAUCUCCAAUGCACUAGGUUCAUAUGAUGGAAAGCUACUUUUCCUUCUUGGGCUCGUUAUAGGUGUUACAUCUUCUGGUCUCUCAAAUAAAUGUGAAGUAGAGAAGUUAAAGAAGCUGUUGAAAGACAAUAAAAACCUUGUUCAAGAUUUACAUGAAGAACUUGAGAUGAAAGAUUCAUUCAUUGUGAAGGAACUUGGUAAUGAAACCGAUGGAAACAAAGAACUUGAAAAUUAUAAUCUUGAGAAAUCCUUGGAUGCUUUGCAAAACCAAAACUCAAAAUGGCAUGCUACCGAUCUGAAGAUGGAUGAGUGCAUGGCUAAGGUUGGGGAGAAUGCAGAGUCAUUUAGUGAAAUAGAGGCCGAGCUUGAAGCUGAGCUUGAAAGAUUGGAGCAAAACAUCAAUGCCGCUAGUAUAGGGCAAACGACAUCUGCUUUCAUUGAGCUUGAUUCAGAACUCAUAGCAGAUGUUGUUCAAGGUGAAUUGAGAGAAGAUCUUCUCAUCAAUGGAGGUAGAGAAUACUCGACGGACGAAGAAGACUACAAAGAUGCAGGCACUGGCGGCACGGCGCAACCGUACAAUUCAAAUUACUCUGUAUCUCCCAAGGAACUGACUCUCCGACUUCACAGAGUGAUAGAAAGCAGGCUCGAGGAAAGGAUCAAUGAACUCGAGAGCGCGCUCGAGCAAAGCCAAAUGAAGCUCAAGGUUAUUGAAGCCGAGAGGUCGAGUUCGAAACCGCCAUUUUCAAGCAGCGACACGGAAUCCUCAAAUCAAGAUAGUCUAGAAUCUUCGAAGCAAAAUGAAUCGAGCUUGCGAUCGGAUUUAGCCGGAGAUGCAUUAAAUGCCUAUGAUGAAGCUUAUGAAGAGUUCAUCAGGUUAGCUGAGACUGAAGAUGAGAAAUUGCCCUCCUCCAUUAGUACUAUAGAUAAUAAGGAAAAGGCUUGGGAGCAGAUAGUGUGGGGAGGAGGUUCAUAUGAAAUUUCAGGUACAGAAGAAGAAGAAGAAGAAGAUGAUGAUGAUGAUGAUGGUUUUGAUGAGGGGAAGGAUUUGAUACAGAAAAUAGUGGAGAAAACCAAACAGGGAUCACCUGCUUGGUUAAAUGCACAAAGGAUGCUUUUUUUGAUGGAUUUAUGAAUGUUUUAAUUGCUCUAAAGGAGGGUAUAACAUAUAGACGUUGCAUUUAAAGAUAAUUUAAGUUAUCUUUUCUUUCUA